AGAGCGUCCCCCGGGCCGAGCCGCGCCGGAGCUCCCCUCGGCUUCUGUUUCCGGUCACCAAACCGAGCGCUCCCUUCGCAGGUGGCGUCAAGGGUGCUUUGUGACUUGCCUGGGGUCAGCGAGCAAGCACGGGCGCGGGCGGGGUGCUCUGCGGCCUCAUGGCACGGCUGACCCCUCCGGGCCGGCUGGCUCCCCAGCCCUGGCGCCCGGGGAUCGCGGGUCCGUAGCGGCAGAGCACCGGGUUCCCGCGUCCACACCCGCCUCGCGGAGUCACGCCCGCCCGGGAGGUGCAGCAUUUGACAAGUCAUUCCCCGCCCCCACACGCCGCGGCACUCGCGCCGAGUCCAUGACAUCCGCGGUGUCACUUUGAGAGCCACCCUCUUUCCCCCGCCUGCUCAAGUCGCUUUUACCCCAGUUCAAUUUUACCCUUGUAAAACUGACUUUGGAGUUUUGCAGAAAGAUUACCUUUGAGACAGCAUUCAUUUGAUUUAAAACAACAACAAAAAAACGUGUAUAUGCUCACUAGUGUGCGUGUGGGAAAAGUGAACCCCAGUGCACACAGGACACGAUGGCUGAGCACGGAGCUCACAUCACCACUACUUCUGUGGCAGAUGACCAGCCAUCCAUCUUUGAGGUGGUGGCACAGGACAGUUUAAUGACAGCAGUGAGACCUGCUCUUCAGCAUGUGGUCAAGGUUCUUGCAGAAUCCAGCCCUGCACACUAUGGCUUCUUUUGGAGGUGGUUUGAUGAAAUAUUCACUCUGCUAGAUCUUCUGCUCCAACACCACUACCUGUCUAAGACCAGUGCCUCGUUUUCUGAAAAUUUUUAUGGCUUAAAGCGGAUUGUAAUGGGGGACUCUCAGAAGUUUCAGAGACUGGCCAGUGCUGGUCUCCCCAAGAAGCACCUUUGGAAAUCAGUCAUGUUCCUGGUUCUUUUGCCCUACCUGAGAGUGAAGCUUGAGAAGUUGGUUUCUAGCUUGAGAGAAGAGGAUGAAUAUUCUAUUCACCCCCCUUCUUCCCGCUGGAAACGAUUUUACAGAGCCUUUCUGGCAGCCUACCCAUUUGCUAACAUGGCAUGGGAAGGCUGGUUUCUUGUACAACAACUCCAAUACAUCUUGGGGAAAGCUCAGCAUCACUCUCCCCUGCUGAAGCUAGCUGGAGUUCGGCUAGGUCGACUGACAGCUCAAGAUAUUCAAGCUAUGGAGCAGAGACUGGAGGAAGCCAGCAUAAUGCAGCAGCCAGGCAGAAGUGUUAGUGAGAAGAUAAAGUCAGCUCUGAAGAAAGCUGUGGGUGGUGUUGCCUUAUCCCUCUCCACUGGCCUUUCUGUGGGUGUAUUCUUCCUGCAGUUCCUUGAUUGGUGGUACUCAUCUGAAAACCAAGAAACUAUCAAAUCACUGACUGCGCUGCCUACUCCACCACCACCUGUCCACCUAGACUACAACUCUGAUUCUCCCCUUUUACCCAAAAUGAAGACUGUGUGUCCGCUGUGUCGUAAAACUCGGGUGAAUGAUACCGUUCUUGCUACCUCUGGCUAUGUGUUUUGUUAUCGCUGUGUGUUUAAUUAUGUGAGGAGUCACCAAGCCUGUCCCAUCACAGGGUAUCCAACAGAAGUUCAGCACCUAAUUAAACUGUACUCCCCUGAGAACUGAAAGGGAUUAGCAUAUUAUUAGCACAACUCAAGUAUUAUGUUGUAAGGCCACAGGACUGACUUUCAGCAUGGUACACAGCACUGAUAAUCCCCUAAUUCAUAAUUAUAUUCAACAACCAUAUGGAUUUGAUCCUAACCUUUUAGCUUGCUCUCUAGACCACGAUUUACUGAGGAAGUAAAAGGAUCAGGAUUUUAGGAAGUAUGAAGGCCAAUGCAGAGGUGGGAAGAAGGAUACUGAGAAGCUUUGAAUAAGAGAUUUAAGUUUGGUGAAAUGCGACAUGCCUGUAAUCCCUCUCCUCAGGAGGUAGAUGCAGGAUUGUGAUUUCAAGAUCUGUUUGGGCUAGGUAGGUACAGAGGGAGAGAUAUUAAAACUCAGGGAAGGGGUGGGUACAUGGCUCAGUGGUUAAAGCUCUUGCCUGAAAAUACUAAUGACCAGGGUUCGAUUCUCCAGUACCCACAUACAGCCAGAUGCACAAAGUGGCACACACACUGGAGUUCAUUUGCAGCAGCUUAAGGCCCCUUAUGUCUAUCUCCUCUCUGUUUGCAAAUGAAUAAAUAAAUAUUUUAAAAAAGAACCCUUAGGAAAAAUCCCAGGUUAGACUUCAUGAAGUGGAUGGUUAUUGGCCUUCUCUUUAGAAAAUAUGUGAGGUGGAAAGCUGGGCAUGGUGGCGCACACCUUUAAUCCCAGCACUCGGGAGGCAGAGGUAGGAGAAUUGCUGUGAGUUCGAGGCCGCCCAGACUCGACAUAGUGGAUUCCAGGUCAGCCUGAGCUAGAGUGAGACCCUACCUCGAAAAACAAAAACAAAACAAAAAAAGUGAGGUGGAGUUCUUUUUUUAAAAAAUCAUUUUCUAAACAAAAUGAUAUAUGAGUCUGCUCUUUAUUAGAAAUUUUAAAGAAAAUUUGGGAAAACAACUCCUUCCAUAUACUGAGACCUAUAAAUACCAGUUACAGUUUACCAGAAUUUGAAGAUUCCUUUGUGAGCCCCACAUAUCUUCCUUGGGAAACAGAUAAAAGGAAAAAAAGGUUGUUUUAUAUAGGAGACUGAAAAUUUCAAUGUGAAAGCAAAGCUAACAAUGAGAGGAAGUAAUAUACUUACCUAACGUUUAUCUAAGGAGUACUUAAUAUGUAAUGAAAAGACCUUUUAAUAAGUUCUUUAUGCUUGCUGUUAAGAGUUUGUUCAGCCAACAUGAAAUAUCCUGGUUGUUACUAAAGUUUCUAUGAAACAUUUAAGUAAAUUUUAAGAAUACAUGUUUCUGGGAAAGAAUUGUUGGUUUUCAUAAUUAUGUGGGAAAAUAAAUUUUCAUUCAAACUA